AUGUCCGGUGGCAAAGAAGCAGGUGGGGUCCACCCCUACCAGUCGCAGCAGAGCCAGCAACAUGCUCAGUAUGUGGGGCCCUACCGGCUGGAGAAGACCCUGGGGAAAGGGCAGACCGGUCUGGUGAAGCUGGGCGUACACUGCAUCACAGGGCAGAAAGUUGCCAUUAAGAUAGUGAACCGGGAAAAGCUUUCUGAGUCUGUACUGAUGAAGGUGGAACGGGAAAUUGCCAUUCUAAAGUUGAUUGAACACCCUCACGUACUCAAACUCCACGAUGUCUAUGAGAACAAAAAAUACUUGUACCUCGUCCUGGAACACGUCUCAGGAGGUGAACUUUUCGAUUACUUGGUGAAGAAAGGCCGUCUGACCCCCAAGGAAGCCAGGAAGUUUUUCCGACAAAUUGUCUCAGCUUUGGAUUUCUGCCAUAGCUAUUCUAUAUG